CGCUCGGGGGCUGCCUUCAUCAAACAGCAGAAGCCAGCGGCGCAGCCAAGAUGCCCUUCUCCCUUUUGGCGCACCAGAGCACGAUCCUGCCGCUCGCGACGGCGGGUCUGCUGGGCGCGGGCAUGGCGCGCCUCAGCUACAUCCUGAUGGACGUGCUGGACGACGACAGCAGCGAGGCGCGCACGGACCAGCGGAUCCGGCUGCUCGACCGCGUCAUGCGCCUCAAGGCGAAGCCGGGCGUCGUGGUCGUCGAGGCGAGCGACGCGGACGUCGACGGCGGGCUGUACCGGCCCGAGGACUGGCGCAGCGAGCAGAUCCAGGACUACGCGGCGCGGACGUGCCAGACGGCGUGCCUCACGGCCGACUGCCAGACGUGCGUGGGCGCCGAGCCGGACGAGGGCCGGGUGGCCUUCGUGACGGAGCGGCGCUUCAAGCCGGCGCGGCCCGUGCGGGCGGUCUCCGCGGCGCCGCUGACGAAGGACGCCGACACGUUGAGGCGGCGGGCGGCGCGGCCCGACGCCGUCGACGCCGUCGACGCGGCGGGCCUGUGCUACAUCUGCUGCGACCGGCCCAUGGACUCGGUCCUGCUACCGUGCGGCCACAGCGGCGCGUGCUACGCGUGCGCCGUCGAGAACGUCGCGCGCACGGAGCUGUGCCCCUGCUGCCGCGGCGCCGUCGACCAGAUCGUGGUCUACGACCCGGCGUCGCGGAAGGACGAGGACGGGAACGCCGUGUUCCGCGUCGUGGGCCCGGGCCCCGUCGAGCGGUCGAAGAGCCGGCUCGACGCGCUCUACGAAUAUAUGGGAUGGACGGCGGCGGCGCCCGUCGCGACGUAGGCCCCGGGACUAAACACACCAC